UAUUCUGAAAGCAGGGUUAUCAAGGUCAAGUUGAACGGAUUAAGUGACUUUUUGUAUCAAAACACAUGGAUGUGUACUGAUUGCUUCUGAGCUUUAGCUCCGAUAAAUCGUUUUAAAAUUUAUAUCAAAGAUGUUACGGAUAUUUGGCAUCGCGAAUCCAAAGUGUCCUGUCAGCUGUCACUUUCAUUUGACGUGUGUACGAGCUUCGAUUGAAAGCAAUAAAAUAUUUUCAAAAAAGUUAGAAGAUGGCCCACAAUUCGAGGAUUUUUUAAAAGAUACUGUUGAAGAGUACAAUGGAAAGUUAAAAUUGGAAAAAGGUGAAUCAGGACGAUUGAGACUACCACCAUGGUUGAAAACGGAAAUACCUAUAGGUAAAAGUUAUAGUAAAAUAAAAGCACAAUUAAAGCAAUUACGGCUGAGCACAGUCUGCGAGGAAGCCAGAUGUCCAAACAUUGGAGAAUGUUGGGGUGGAGGCACUCAUGGUACAGCAACCGCUACUAUCAUGUUAAUGGGAGACACAUGCACUCGUGGCUGUCGUUUCUGUUCUGUUAAAACUGCACGAACACCACCACCAUUAGAUGCAGAGGAACCAAUCAAUACAGCUAGCGCAAUAAUAGAUUGGGGUGUAGAUUACAUUGUUCUAACAUCUGUGGAUCGUGAUGAUUUAAAGGAUGGUGGAGCUAGUCAUAUCGCAUCAACUGUUAAGGAGAUAAAAAAAAGGAGUAAUAUCCUAGUAGAGUGCCUGGUGCCAGACUUCAGAGGGAACGAAAAUUGCAUCGCUACGAUUGUAAAUUCCAAUCUAGAUGUAUUUGCACAUAAUAUUGAAACUGUGGAGCGUCUAACUCCCUUCGUUCGAGAUAGACGCGCUCAAUAUAGGCAGUCAUUGGCCGUAUUAAAAGCUGCUAAAAAAUUCAAUCCCGAUUUAAUCACAAAAUCAUCGAUAAUGUUGGGCCUUGGUGAGACUGAUGAAGAAAUCAAACAAGCAAUGCGGGACCUAAGAGAUGUUGGUGUGGAUGCUCUAACGUUAGGACAAUACAUGCAACCCACUAAAAGGCAUUUAAAGGUCAUUGAAUAUGUAACCCCCGCGAAAUUUAAAGCAUGGGAAAAUGAAGGGAAUCAAUUAGGUUUCUUGUAUACCGCUAGCGGCCCAUUAGUGCGGUCAUCAUAUAAAGCUGGAGAAUAUUUUUUAACAAAUAUUUUGAAACAACGGAAGAAACAACAGAUAGAUGACCACAUUGCAUAGUAAAAAAAGAAUAUGAAAUAUAGUCGUGUAAAAAAUAAAUUUAAAUUCUUUCUUAUGGCAUUCAAUUAUGUAAAGUUUUAAUAAAUAUAUAUAUAGCUUUGGA